CUUAGCUGUUGCCAAUGUGUUCACAACGGUGGACCCUCUUUUGGGCUUUUUACAGCGUUUGUCUUCAUUUUUCGGUCAAUCUAGUAUGGAAAGUAGACAACAAUGGCUUACCAGGCUGAAAAAUGAACUUAGCAACAGUCCUCUGGUAUCAAAUGUGGCUUUUGGCUUUAUCCUCAUGGGACUAGAGAAGUUGGUGGAGCUGGAGUUUGAGUGUCCUUGCAACCCUACAUGGAACGGAGUGUUUUCAUCAGCAUUCUUCAUCAUUCCUGCCGUCAUGGCCUUCACCUUGAUGCUGAUCAUUCAAGGAUGCAGAUGUGAUACGUGGUGCAGGAAAACUGUUUCCCUCUCCAGUUUCGUUCCUGCUAUCGUGUGGCUCAUUUUGUUGUUCCUCGAUGGCCAAUACUUUGCUUGUGCUAUGACAGACUGGGAGGGUAGAUUUGUACUAGUUGACAAGGCAGCUCCGCAGAAGUGGUGUGAGCCAAUUAGUGAGGGAGAUGUCACCCCACAAGAACUAAUGCUCCGCUCACAGCAGCUGUUUGUUUUUUCUCAGGUUAUAGGCAUAGUCCUCCUCAUUUUCAUCUGUGUGGGUCUCGUAGUGUAUGUAAUCAGAGAAAGCUGCCAACAAGAGGUGGAGAUGCAGGAUUCAGAUGUAGCCGAGCUCACCGUCCUCAGGAUGAGCUCUCUACGGACCAGGACAUCAUGAGAGGAUUUACACCGCCCACCACA